AUGCCCUCCAGCAAACUCGACCUGACUCAGAGGAUUCUCCGGAUUUCCAGGACUGAUGAUACCCAAGGUUACGUGCUCCUCCAGGUCUCCCCCACCAGCUCUAAUGCCCUGGAUCUGGACAUUGCUGCGACGGAAGGGGAGAACCCCUAUACUGGCACUGUGCGACAAAACCGCCUGAAAACUCUCUGCGCGAAGAACUACCGAGGUAGUGACGACGAAUGGGUCCAAAUUGUGUCAUAUGUUUUUGGUCAGCUUAAAGAGCCUAUCCUAACGUCCGAAAUGCUUUCUGGAAUUGAAUCCUCAGCGAGUAUCAUCGAAUCUGGCAACCUCAGUAAGGAGCUAGUUAUCACGAUACGAAAACGAGUCCAAUCCAUCACACAAAGGCUGGGUUCUGUGACCCUAAGACAGGAUGAUGAACAGGCAAUUCAACUUUUCGAUUGGUCGGGUGUGGCUGUUGCAAGGGCCGAUGCUCUUGAGGAACGCCUUUCCACUUUAACAGAUCGUUACCGCGCUGCCGAAGAUACAAUCCAACGACUCAACAAGCAGUUGGAAGAAUUUAUGAGUGCCAAGACCGAGCACGAUGAGUUAUUGAUGGCUAAUUUUGUGCAACUGUUGAAUGAGAAGAAGCUCAAGAUUCGCAAUCAACAACGCCUCUUGGCCUCUGCAAAGGUAGACUCAGAAAAAGAGAUUCAGUCAGCAAUCCCAGGCAGACAUCCCGUCUCUAGCCCAACCAAGUGGAAGACAAAACGAUCCGCUCGAGAGAUGUUAGACAAUGAAUCCGAAAGUGAGGACGGAUUUGAGAAGAUGGAAGUCGAUCACGAUGUGCAAAACGAUGGCCGCUCAGACGAUCAGGAAACAGAAGACGAACAAACUUCAACGCCUCAGCCCCUUGAAGAUGACGAAAACACCAAUACGGGCGAAGCACUUUCAUCGCCGUCCAUAGAAAAUGAGCGAGAAGACAGCAAACAGGCAUCAAGCGAAACACCUCAAGACAGCACUAUAUUGACAAAUUCAGCCGUCCCACCACCCCGAAGAGAGCUUCCGUUCGUCAAGAAGCUACAGGUGAAUAGACAUUUGGCUACAAGACCAAAUGAAUCCGUCGCCGCAGGAGAGGAUGCCGAAGAAACGGCUGGGGAAACCGACGACGAUGAGCUGUAA